AUGAUUUCUGAAUCUGCCUCAGUAUGCUCCAAAUACGAUCCUAAAGUAUUUCGUGAACCAAUUGUAGAUCUGGAACAGCUUAAUCAACCGCUGGAUCCAGAAGAUGAUCGCCGGUACUGCUACAUAAAGGCAAUGACCAGUUCUCAGACGCCAGUAUUUUAUCGAAAUGCCGUCAUAGAUAGAUUAAUUAAUGUGUGUAUGCUAUGUGGAAUGAAAGAAAAAAUGCGGUUGAUUGUUUUCGAAGCGCUGGAAAUAAUAAAAAGACGUCAGUAUAACUUGUGGAGGAAUGCUAGCGAUGAACAGAAAGAGAAAAUAGAGCUUGAUCCUGUAGUAAUUGCAGAAAAAGCUAUCAAGAAUUGCUGUCCUAUAAUGAUUCUACGUCCAUUUAUUCGCGGUGGGCAAACUUAUAUGGUACCAUGUCCGAUAUCAGAUCACCACGCUGAAUUCCGAGCAAUGAAAACGAUGCGCGAUAUCUGCCGAAAAAAGACUUUUCACGGUGCUACUCAUUUUCAGCACAUACUAGCUGAUGAAUUGCUUGCUGCCUACAAAAACGAGGGCUUAACAGUGCAAGCAAAGCAGGAAUUGCACAAACAGUGUGAAGCAAACCGAGCUUAUGUUCAUUACAGGAGACAGUAA